AUGACUGGCUCAGAUACUCAUAAAGAAAUUGGCGUCGUCAAUGGACUCGAAGUCGUGCAGCCUGGACCGGAAGUAGUCCACCACUAUCCCGGUCAAUAUCCCGUUCAAUAUGCUACACCAGGAGCUUACAUGACGGCUGUGACGGCUGCGGCGCCCGCGCCAGUACCGGUACAACCACAGAGCACAAUUUGCGGGCUACGAAAAGUGACAUUCUGGCUUGCUUUUGCCAUUGGGGUUCUCGGGGCUGUUAUUAUUGCUGUGGCUAUCGGGUUGGGUGUUGGGUUGAGUCAACGGAGUACCAAUGGCGAUGUGGCAACAGCUGCAACAUCUUCCCCUGCAGCAGCAAGCUCAACAGGAUCAACGACAGGAUCAACGACAGGAUCAACUUCGGCAACAGCAACAACGCCAACAGCUUCCGUCACCGCUACCACAUCGCUCACAUCGACGCAGCCCUCCUACACCUCAUCUUCAUCUGUCUCCGCUUCCGUGUGCCCGAGCCAAAACAACACAAUGGUCACCAUCGGAUCCGGCUCCCAGGAGUAUCAAAUCGUCUGUGACGCAGAUUUUGGCGGAAGCGGCAAAAAGGACCUUGCGUCGACUGUGUUCAGCGCGUUCGAUGAUUGCCUGGGGCUGUGCGGUGGCAUGAACUAUUUCCAAUCUCGGUCUGAUGUCGGGGCUACGUAUAAUAUUGAGGGGACGGGGGGUCAGUCGCCCGGAACUUGUUGGUGCUGGGCUACCGGUGGGAAUGAUAAGUCGGCUCAGCCGAAUGAUGGGAAUGUUGUUGCCAUUCCGCAGUGA